CCGGCGGCUGGCUUCUGAUUGGCUGGGGCGAGCGGUGGCCCGACCCGAGGAAGCCGGUGUUCUCGCUCGCACUCGAGGGUAGCGGCCAGGAGCCGGCAGGACUGGAAGGGGCGCAGUGUCUGUGAAGACUCUUCAGGAAAUCACAAUGUCAACCAACACAGACCUUUCUCUUUCUUCAUACGAUGAAGGUCAGGGAUCUAAGUUUGUUCGGAAAGCUAAGGAGACACCGUUUGUCCCCAUUGGAAUGGCUGGGUUUGCAGCAAUUGUUGCAUAUGGCUUAUACAAACUGAAGAACAGGGGAAAUACGAAGAUGUCCAUUCACUUGAUCCACAUGCGUGUGGCAGCCCAGGGCUUCGUUGUUGGAGCCAUGACGCUUGGUAUGGGCUACUCCAUGUAUAAGGAAUUCUGGGCCAAGCCGAAGCCUUAGAAGAUGAGCUGCCGCCUUGGUCUGGGAACUGCUUGCUUUAUUUAGACGUCUCAUAUUGAGGUUACAUGUUUGUGUCUACAAUAAAUAACAUGGGUUUAGACAAUAACUCAGUAUUGAACAUUACUUUCUUGCCAGCUUGAUUUACCUUUUGACCGUAUUGUUAAUGACUAGUUCACUAACUAGGUCACUUGGGGGCGAGUCAAGUUAACACAAAAGAAAUCUGUCACCUGAAUGUAUAGUUGGUAACAGCGUUCUCCCUGCACCCUUGUGAUGAAAAUUUUGAGGACAGUGGACAGUGCAGACACACACUGUGCUUCAGAGCAGGCCUUGCUUUGGAAUGUGUUGGGGAGGAAUCAUGUUUGCCUCAGUUCAUUUAACCUGUAGGCUGGCUUUAGAACUCAAGGUUUUAAGGUUUGUUGGCUUCUGAAAACACAUUCCAAAGAGUGCAUGAAAAAUAACUAACUUAUAAAGCCCCCUACAACCGACUGAGGGAGAGGGGAGGGAGUGUGGUAUGUGUGUGUUUGUGUGUGUGUGUGUGUGUGUGUGUGUGUGUGUACAACAGCUGGUAAAGCUGAUGAGCUGCAGAGAAGCAGUUUGUUAGACUCAUAAACAGAGUAAUGGUGGGUUCCACUUUAGCUCUUUUAUAAUUGCAAAGUUAUAUUUUUGCUGCUUUGUAAUAGGAUAGUUCUUAGACAUCAUCUUGAAACAGGUAUUUUGUUUCUUUUUUGUGGUGCUGGGCAUUAAAUGCAGUGCCUCACAUAGGCGUUUUUAAUUGCCAGUUCCACUGAGCUACAUCCCAGCAGAAGUAGGUACUGUGAGUGGUAAUACUUACGUCAGUGAUAAAGGAAAUACACAGCUUAAUGUGCAGAGUGUGUCUUACUUCCCUGUAAGAAUCAUAGGUACUAAAGUACCAAAAAUGAGAGAUAUGGUGGGCGGGCUAGUUUUUGAGACAUUACACACAGACUUGGAUAUACAGAAUGCUUAGUGCACUGUAAAAUCCCCCUGUCCAGACUGAACUUACAUUCCAUAGUGACAACAUGGCAUAUGUAUUGUUAUUAAAAUAAGUGAACACAUCA